AUAUGUAUAAAAACGUAUUCAUUAUUACAGCUUGCAGGGAUUGGCAGGAAAACGUCGCAACUCUUAGCAGUCAUCAACUCCGCGAGUGACCUUCGAUCGCCAUUCGCGGAAAAACAAUUUCCCGAGUCGACUGCUCGUAUUAAUACCUAUCAUUAUUACCAUAAUUAUUAUUAGCGAGUAUCGUUGACCUCUACGCGUGAGAUCUGAACUAGUGAUAUAACAACUGAUAUUCGUUGGUUGAUAGGUAUUAUACAACGAAGGUACAUCGUAUAGUUUCGUGCGUUUUUACAACCGUCUCGCAACGUUAUUAUGUAUACAUGACACAACGCUGGACUCACCGUAUACCUGGGUACAUGAUUAUACCUAUACAAUCGCACCCGGGGGCAACGUUCUCGACGCCGUUUCCCCCGCACAGAAGGCACACCUGCGUACCCCUGGGGGAUACGAGGCGGUGCAGGUGGAGAUGGGGUGGAGAUUAGGGGUUGUUUGCACGGUGGCGAUCGCGUUUUAAGUGCGCCGACAACGACCUACGCGCUGGACAACGGCGUCACACGUUUUUACGUGCGCAUGCGCCCCGGGGUCGUGUCCACUUGGGCAGAGGCGGCAUCGCAUACAUUACUAUAUUAUAUUAUUAUUAUUAUUAUAAAAUAGUCGCCACAACAGAGCCAUGUCCGAAGGUAGUCGAAACGUCGAGUUCGAGAUACAGAUGACCGUACCGGUCACCACGAGACACUUGUACAAACUUCCUCCCGGACUGUCAAAUAACAGACCGUCAGGAUGGAUAGUUCAACAAGAAGUUGCUCGUAUGAUGGAUUCAUUGUUAGAUCCAUUUUCAUCAUUUGCGUCAUUUUCUAAACCCGUUCGGCGAACAAACCAAUCAUCAAAACGGUCACACCUUUACAGAUCUUCGUCACAACAAACGCAGACACAAAAUGUAGCAUCCAACACCAACCGCGCAAAUAAUGAUAAUAGGCCUAACGGUAAUCAUCAGCAGCAACAACACAAACCAAACGGUCCGUCAGAGAAAUGGGCCGCUUCUCUAAGAAAGAGAGAUCCAGAGUUAUUGCCCGCUAUACGACACACUAGAAGAGACAGGUGUUGUUCACACCCUGGUGGGUAUAGAACAAAACCUGUCAUACCACCCCUUCACAAUCCCACGCCGUCGACGGCUCCUCGGCCCACUGACCAUAAGAAACAACUGCAGAAGACCAAAACCGUUGUUGGUUAUGAACCUCAUCUGGUAGACAUAAUCGAAAAAGAUAUUUUGCAAAGGAACCCCAACGUCCAGUGGGAUCGGAUCGCUGGGCUUAAACACGCGAAAACUUUACUACAAGAAGCCAUGGUGCUACCUAUGCUGAUGCCGGAUUUCUUUAAGGGCAUCCGGAGACCGUGGAAGGGUGUCUUAAUGGUCGGUCCGCCUGGAACCGGAAAGACAAUGUUGGCCAAGGCUGUAGCUACAGAGUGCGGGACGACGUUUUUUAACGUUUCGUCGUCAACAAUGACGUCUAAAUACCGAGGAGAAUCGGAAAAAUUGGUCAGACUUUUGUUUGAAAUGGCAAAAAUACAUUCGCCGUCCACAAUAUUCAUUGACGAAGUAGAUUCGCUGUGCUCCUUGCGGGGUUCCGAAGGCGAACACGAAGCCUCUAGGAGGUUCAAAGCGGAACUCUUGAUUCACAUGGAUGGUUUGAACUCGUCCAGUGACGAAGAAAACAACCAAUCUAUUAUGGUCCUGGCGGCCACUAACCAUCCGUGGGAUAUCGAUGACGCUUUCAGAAGACGCUUCGAAAAGAGGAUAUAUUUGCCGUUACCGAAUGACGAGUCGCGGAUAACGUUGCUGAAACUGUGUUUGGAAGGCGUAAACUUAGACGACUCGUUCGAUUAUAGAUUUGUAGCUAAUAAACUAAGAGGCUACACAGGGUCGGACAUAGCUAACGUUUGCCGCGACGCAGCUAUGAUGGGCAUGAGACGCAAAAUAGUUGGACAGACCCCGGACCAGAUCAAAAACAUUAAACGUGCUGACAUCGACUUACCGGUAACGGUACAAGAUUUUAACGAAGCCGUCGAGAGGUGUCGGAAAACGGUCACCGGUCAAGACAUUGAAAAAUAUCAGUCGUGGAUAGACGAGUUUGGUUCAUUUUAACCGUUAAAAGACGUUACGAUUUCAUUUUAAAUCAGUAUAAUAUUUUGUUAUUCGACAACAAUAAAAUAAUAUUUCCGUCCUUUA